CGCAUGUGCGGAGUGAAACGGGAGGAAGGUCAAGAUGGCGGCGGCCAGGGCGGGGGUCUUGGGAGUCCGAUGGCUGCAAAGGGCAUCCCGGACCGUGGUGCCGCCGGGUGCACGGACAGCCGCCGACGCUUGAAACCUUCGGGGCGGCAGGCAAAACCGGGUGCCUUCUCACCUGCCCUCGUCUGCCCUCCAGCUUCCCACAUUACAAAGGACAUGCUCCCGGGGCCUUAUCCCAAGACCCCAGAAGAAAGGGCUGCCGCCGCCAAGAAGUAUAAUAUGCGGUUGGAAGACUACGAGCCGUACCCGGAUGAUGGCAUGGGGUAUGGCGACUACCCAAAGCUCCCUGACCGCUCACAGCAUGAGAGGGAUCCAUGGUAUGAAUGGGACCACCGAGACCUGAGAAUGAACUGGGGUGAACCGAUUCACUGGGACCUAGAUAUGUAUAUCAGGAACCGUGUGGACACGUCCCCCACGCCUGUUUCUUGGGAUGUCAUGUGUAAGCACCUCUUCGGCUUCGUGGCCUUCAUGGCGUUCAUGUUUUGGGUGGGGGAGAUGUAUCCCUCCUACCAGCCUGUGGCGCCAAAGCAGUAUCCUUAUAAUAAUCUGUACCUGGAACGAGGCGGCGAUCCCACCAAAGAGCCUGAGCCGGUGGUUCACUAUGAAAUCUGAGGAGGCUUCCUGGACUUUGUGCCUCCUGACUGAGCCUCCCUCAUUCCUAGAGAUUUAACCUUAAUGAAAUACCUAAUAAAAUAGUGCUGUGGUAUCUGUGCCUCAUUUCCCCAGGAAUAGCCCCUGCCGUGCGGAACCUCAUCCUUUUCUCUUUUUUUCUGCCUGCUGUCUGCACACCCCUGUCCCCGCCUCCGCCCACCGAGAUUGGAAGGUUGGGAGAAUGGGGGAGCUAAGCACAGAAGAUGUUAAUUUGUUAACUCCACUGGGAAUGUGAAAGUAGUUGAGAGGUCUGUUUGUAUAGGUGCUAUGGGUAGCUCCUUUUCUCAUUUACAGAGUUGAGGAAGAAGGAAAAUAUGUUCCUGACUUUCCAAGUUGGAACUCCAAGUUGGAACAAUUAUUCCCCGUAAAAACCUUCUUAAUGAUAGUAGUUAGCUAACAAAACAUUAUACUCUAACAUGUUGUAAGUAUAUUAUAGAAUAAAUAGGUGUUUUUGGACUGG